UUAAAAUACUAAGAGUGUUUGUUAAUCGAUUAACCGUGAAAUUACAUUUAACGAUCUAUUCUGUUGAUACAUGUAAAACGGUAGAUUAUUUACCUUGAAAUAAGAAGGAUAUUUUUUGUAAAUUAUAUCAGGACAUCUUUAAUAAAACAGAAAUGGCGGACCAGUUCGAGUGCGAACCUUGCAUGAAAAGAAAGAGACAAUCAAAAGCAAGCAAUUGGUGCUUGCAAUGCGAGGAAUUUAUGUGUGCAGAGUGUACGGCGAGUCAUAGAAGCAUGAGAAAGCUUCAACAUUGUAAGAUAAUAGAAGCCAAAGAUAUUCCUCUCGUUACAAACAUGAGUUUACAGAGUUGUAACAAACAUGGGGGUCUACUACUAAAGUUAUUCUGUGUAGACCACGAUGUCAUGUGCUGCCCGGAAUGCGUGAAUGAAAAUCAUAAAGGUGGCUUCUGUAGGAAUGUAAUGCAUAUCGACGAGGCAUCUACCGGAAUAAAAACGUCACAUAUUUUUGUUGAAUCAAAUAAACAAAUUGAUCAUAUCAUUAAAUCGCUGAAUGGACUUAGAAAUGAAUUGUCUUCUAAUAUUGAAAAUAUUGAACUUAAUACAAAGAAAAUAAAAGAAGAAAUUGCGAAUACAAAAGAAGCCUUGAUUCGGCAUAUUGAGUCGCUUGAAAAGGUUAUGUUGGAAGAACUUAUACAGAAAACGCAAGCAUAUUUGAAGCAAACAAAACGAAGAAUAAAAGAAACAGAAGAAAUUCUUCGAUUAACAAAAGAACACGCAGACGCAUUUGACUUCGUCCAGAAAAACAGGUCUGAAAGGCAAGCGUUUUUAUUAAUUCACAAUUCUAAAGAAAGUUUAACUCGAAUAGAAGAUAGAGUGGCCAAACUUGAUGGUAACUCUCUGCAGUUGCAGAUUUCUUUCGUUGGAAGUUCCCUCGAAGAUGCUGCUACAGAAAUAGGGAAGCUAGAUUUGAUAGAAACAAAACGGACAAAUCCGUUUGCGUCGUCUGUUUUGCGUCAUUCACAGUCUUUUGUCGGAAGGAAAAGUUCAGAUUUCUCGUUUGUUUUUCUGAAAGAAUUGGAUCUUAAACUGUUAAGUGCGUCCCCCAAUUACACAAUUACAGGUAUGGCCAUAUCUGGAGAAAACGAACUCAUGUUAUGCGACAUCAAGAAAUCCAGAAUAAUAUUAUUUGAUACUGCAGAUAUCUACCGCAGUUAUAUCAAAUUGUCGGACAAACCCUGGGAUAUAGCCUCGCUUGGACAAAGUAGUGCAGUUGUUUCAUCACGUGACGUAGACAGCAUACAGUUCAUAGACCUAAAAAAAAUGUCAUUAAUCAAGAACGUUAAAGUCAGAGAUAGUUCAAAGGGAGCUAUUGCUACUACUGACGAAAGCAUUUUGGUUGGAGCCGAUGGUAAAAUACACGUGCUUGAUCACGACGGCUCAGGAAUGAAAAUAAUCACUGUUCCAGCUGAAGGCACAGUCAGUUACAUUUGCACUCCUUCCGUCAACAGCAUUUGUUUUUGUGAUGGAUCCGACGAAACAAAAUGCGUAACAUUUGACGGGGAUCUAGUUUUUAGCUACCAGUCUCCUGAGCUCGUGAAGACCAAAAAUGUUACAGCUGACAAUGAUGGACACAUAUACAUUGUCGGAGAAGACUCUCACAACAUUCAUCAUCUGUCACGUGACGGGAAGUUCAUAGAUAUUGUCCUCUCAGACGAUAAUCAGUUAUACUACCCAAUAGCGAUUACCUUCAGCAAAGACUACAGUAAAUUUUAUGUGGCAUGCAAAUUUUACGACAUACGUGUUUUCAAUGUCAAGAAACGUUGACUUAUGAUUUCCGCGGACAAUAGCGCAUCACUGGUCCAUGCUUGGACAUUUUAUUAGAUUUAGUGCUUUAUAUGUUUUGGUGAUGGUCAAACUGAAAGUUCUAUAUCUUUGUAAUUUACUGGUAAAUAAAAGCUUA